UCUUUCACAACUCCAAGAAAUGGCUUAACCCGCCAUGCACGAGCCUCUACCCCGCUGCGCCACACUUGCCUUUAAACUUUUCAAGUCUGGCAGGCAAUGUCACAGCAUGAGCUGCAGAGGAAUGGAGGUCACCACUGCCAAGUUACCUCAUGGUCUAACAUGAAUAAGGAAUUGCCUGCAAACAUCCUGGGGUUUGUUGAGGUCCACGACAUCGGCGCUGACAGCGACAUUCACAAUCUUGGCAAACCGAGCCGCAAGAAUUCUCAAUCCAUUGCCUUCUCGGAUUUUAGCAGCAGUCAGUUUGCUGCAGUCAAUGAGAGCAACAGUGUGACGUCUUUGGAUUCCGGUAUCCCUACUCUUGAGAUCGCCAACCCGGAGACUGUUCAUUGUGGUGUCAGAUCGAACUGUCUGAAUGGUGCUGCUGGAGACGACCGGGUCUUUCAGAGCUCCAAGAGCAUUCCAGGUGGUGGUGGUGGUGGUACACCAUCUCUAAGGAACUCUGAGAGUGACCAUGUUAUCUGGAAGUCAUCCACCUUUCCCAGAUCGGGAUAUGACACUGCAAAACUCUACAGCCCGACCUCACUUAACAGGAGCGACGACAUCUCUGACUGUAGCAUCUCCAGCCUCAGCACUGACUUUUCCACCACGUUAUCCGUGAGCAACGAGGACAUUGUGGACUUCUUGGUGACCAGCAACUCGAGCGCAAUCGUCAACUUGGAGAAUGACGAAACACGUUUUUCAGAUGUGACCUUGAACUCUACAAAAGACAGCCCUGAUGCUUAUAACAGGGGAUUCACACAGGAGACUGGACCCGACGGCAAGAAGAAAAUAUUGGGACCACUUAGUAACUUCUUUAACAGGUAAGUGCUUUGAAGAACACAGUGCACUGCACGUGCAGAAACUCAUGCAGAUCUGGGGUGGGAAUUGUUUAAGCGUUCUUCACUACGACACUGUGCUCAGAGCAAUCCACAGAAAGUACAAAAGGAAUAUGAAGAUAGAGUUGGACGAGCUCCGAAGUCCCCUUCUCCAAAGCAGAAUGUGAGGAAAAGCUUGGUGUUUGAGCCACUGUCCACUACAGCUUUAAUACUGGAAGAUCGGCCAGCAAAUCUUCCAGCCAAGCCAGCAGAGGAAGCCCAGAAGCACCGUCAGGAGUAUGAGGAGAUGGUGGCCCAGGCCAAAAGACGAGAAUUUAAAGAGGCCCAGAGGAGGAAGAAACAACUAGAAGAGCGAUGCAAGCUGGAAGAGAGUAUUGGAAAUGCCGCUUUAACAUGGAACACUGAAAUUCUACCCAACUGGGAAACCACGUGCACUUCCCGGAAAGUUCGGGAAAUGUGGUGGCAGGGAAUACCACCCAGUGUGAGAGGGAAAGUCUGGAGUCUGGCAAUUGGCAAUGAGUUAAACAUCACCCAUGAGCUUUAUGACAUUUGCUUAUCCCGGGCCAAAGACCGAUGGAAAUUCCUGAGCAUGGGGGGCUCUGAAGUGGAGAAUGAAGACACCGGUUUGUCUGCCGCUGACCGCGAAGCCAGCCUGGAACUCAUAAAACUAGAUAUUUCUCGGACGUUCCCAAAUCUGUGUAUAUUCCAGAAGGGUGGCCCUUACCAUGACAUGCUGCACAGUAUUUUAGGAGCCUACACUUGUUACAGACCCGAUGUUGGUUAUGUACAGGGCAUGUCUUUUAUAGCUGCUGUUUUGAUCCUGAACCUAGAUACUGCUGAUGCCUUUAUUGCUUUCUCAAACCUCCUAAAUAAACCCUGUCAGAUGGCAUUUUUCAGAGUGGACCAUGGCCUUAUGUUGACUUAUUUUGCAGCAUUUGAAGUAUUUUUUGAAGAAAAUUUGCCUAGGUUAUUUGCGCACUUCAAGAAAAACAAUCUGACGCCGGAUAUCUACCUAAUAGACUGGAUUUUUACACUGUACAGCAAGUCUCUACCACUGGAUUUGGCGUGCCGAGUGUGGGAUGUUUUCUGCCGGGACGGGGAGGAGUUCCUGUUCAGGACUGCAUUGGGAAUACUAAGACUAUUUGAAGACAUUUUGACAAGAAUGGACUUCAUCCACAUUGCCCAAUUUCUAACCAAACUCCCAGAGGACUUGAUAGGCGAUGACGUGUUCUCCUCCAUCGCUUCAAUCCAGAUGCAGAGCCGCAAUAAGAAAUGGUCACAGAUUCUGUUGGCGCUGCAGAAAGAUAAUCGUGAAAUGGAGAACAGAAGUCCCGCACUAAAGCACUAAACAUAAUCUCAGGAUGGAGAAGUGUUUCCAGAAAUGGGGAGGGUUUUGUUUUCAUUGGGAAGAGAACAGAAUUCUAUUUCAGGACUGUGUCAUACACUGGAAUUGGCCUUAGCAUGUUACUGGUCACCUGCACAUGGAAGAGGCAGCUGAACACUGGUUUAUAUACAUGCAGGCUAUCUACUAACCAGCUAGGGAACUAGUCACUAGAUUCUAGUCAGCUGAUAGGCAACUAUUGAUUUGCAGUGGGCAUGACGGGUGCCUGCUGACCAACUAUACUCCAGAAAAUGUAUUCCACGAGCUUUCUAGAAGGACCACGGUUGGCAAAUCUUGCCUUGAAUCAAUACAGCCACACCUCAACAUUUCUAGUCAUGUAGAUGAGCAAAUGUGAUUAUUUCCUCUGUAAAGGACAAAUGGGCAUAAUAAGUUUUUUCACAU